GUUGCUAAGGAAGUAGCAAUUGUUUACAGGGCAGCACCGAAAGUGAUGCCGGUGGCCAUAGCGCUGGCAAAAACAGCUAUGUUGACGUGAGACAAAACACUGAAAGGCAGCUAUGUGUAACCUCUACUAGAAGAUGGACUUCCUCACUCUGUUCGCCGUCUACGUUGUAGUGGUGCUGACAUGUAUAAUCCUAGUCUGCAAAUACUCCGGCCAAGAGCAAACCCCGUUUAGUAUCCUCUUCAACUUUGUAGGAAAGGUAGUUGCACCAUUUACGCCAAAAUGGCUCCAAAAGUUUUCACAAUGGACCUUACACAAGCUGUUUCAUCAAAGGAACAACAUGUUCAUCUAUCUGCAUAUCCUGCUAGAGGGUGCUGUGUAUGCAGAGUUCACCUAUGAGGUGUUUGGCUUCUGCAGGGAGAUGGACACCACUCUGACCAGUCUGUCUGUGCCUUAUGUCCUGCUGGUCAUCAAGACCUUCUUCUUCUACCUCUGCAUCAGGAGAGAUCCAGGCACAGUGACGAAGAAGAAAAUUGCUGGCCAGCUGAGCAUCUAUCCUUAUGACAGGAGGCUGUUUCACCCAGGAGUCUCUUGUGAAACCUGCCAGCUCAUCAAACCGGCUCGCUCCAAACACUGCAGGGUCUGCAACAGGUGUGUCCAACGUUUUGACCACCACUGUGUCUGGGUGAACAACUGCAUCGGUGCUCAGAACACACGUUACUUCCUGCUUUACCUCUUCAGCGUGUGCGCCAUGGCGGGCGACAUUGCCGUCCUAACAGGAGACAUGCUGUUCCAUGCUGUACUGCGGUCAGGGCUCCUGAGGGCCAGUUAUAUAGAUGAGUUUGGCCAGCAGCAGUCAGCAGGGCCUCUGUUUGUUGUACAGCAUCUGUUCUUGACCUUCCCCCGAAUUGUCUUCAUGCUGGGAUUUCUGUUAUUCGUCUUCUUCCUCCUGGCGGGUUAUGCCCUUUUCCAUUCCUACCUGUCUCUUGUCAACCAGACCUCCAAUGAGUGGUACAAAAGUCGAGGCUACAUGUGUCAGCACUGCUACCCAUCUGCAACAGCGGACCAUCUCUGUAGCCCAGCGCCAGACCACUCUAAAAGAUACUACUACAGCAGAGGGCUACGCCGAAACCUGAAAGAGAUUUUCUUCCCUCCACAACCUAUUCAGAAGAAAGACAACUGAAAAAACCAUACUGCCACCUAUGUUAUGCUGCAUUUACUGAACAUCCCCCGAGGUUUACUGUCCCUAAGAACUACUGCUGACUGAAGAAAUAAAGUUUGCGUUAGCAAUUUCUUCAUGGGCUCUGGUGUUUAUCUCCCAUGCGGUGUCACAUAUUGGAAAGCUCUGACAACAUUGGCAGCAAACACAAAGUAAUCCUUAUUGCAUAAAAGCAUCGUCUGUUAUUUAAUUGAUUAAACCUU